UCCUCGUUAAUUGGGUAAUCGGGUCGCAGUAAUACAAGACACCUUAGAAAAUCCAAAACAAACAUAAGAAAAAGAAACCUCUCUCCAAACCUUAUCGCAGCGAAAAUGGCACUGAUGCUCUCCUGCCAGACCGGACCUCUUUUCCUCUCUAACUCUAAACUCUCCGGACGUCUUCCUCUCAAAACCGCCGCCGCUCUCUCUUCUCCCAUCCAAGAACCUGUAAAGCCUUUCUCUUUUUCCUCUAACGCUCACAAAACACUUCUAGCCUCCAUAUUCAUCGCCAAACAACCAAGGUUUAGGGUUUCGGCUUCGGUACCCUCGCAGCACUCACAAAUCCCCACUCUUUCCCCUCCUACUGAUUCACAAGACCUAAUCACUGGGUCAACACGGACUUUGACAACCAUCGUGAUCCUAGCGUUCUCCCUGUCGCGGCUAUUUAUAAAUUCAAUUCAGAAAUUGGCUGUGUCAGUUGGAGGAAUUUCGAUUUUGCCUAAUCUCAAUGAAUUGGCGGCAAUUCAGGCUCUACAAAGCAACCUGGUUCACUCGGUGGGCCCGUUAUUCUUCGCAGCCCUCAAGGACCGUCCCAGCGGAUAUUUGAACACUCCUUUGACGGUUGUGGCGGCUGGUUUGGCCAAAUGGCUUGAUAUAUACAGUGGGGUUUUGAUGGUUAGGGUUUUGCUCAGUUGGUUUCCUAACAUUCCCUGGGACCGCCAGCCAUUAUCGGCUAUAAGGGACCUCUGUGAUCCGUAUUUGAACUUGUUUAGGAACAUAAUUCCUCCCAUUUUCGAUACUCUUGAUGUGAGCCCGCUUCUGGCCUUUGCAGUAUUGGGUAUGCUCGGCUCCAUUCUCCAUAGCAGCGGUGGAGUGUAUUGAAGAGGAAAGGUGGGUGAUCAGGAGGCCUUUUAUUCAGUAAGAAGUAAUUUUUGAAUUUUGUGUUAAAUCUUUUCUGAUACUUCUGGCUUAGCGGUUUUAAUGAUUGUAAUACUGUAAUAGAUCAGUUUGGUUGAGAUAUAUAAAUUUUGGAAACCUUACUUGUCAUGUUAUUGCUCUCUGACAAUUUUAUAAGUUGUUUGCUGCAUUUUUCA